CUAAAAAUAGCUGGCAACUCUGUUUCGAACGUCCGUGUGCUGAGUCUUUUUCCGCUUAAAAUCGCAAUAAAUAAAAAUAAAAACAAAGCAGUGCCUACUUAUUGCAAGCAGACGGAUUGCACAAGCAAUUAAAGUCCCAACCUGGCGUUAUGAUUUGAAAAUAUAGCGAAAUCAAAUGAGAGCGCACUUAAUAAAGAAGAUAAAAAAAAAGCAGUCCGGCAUCAGGUGUUAAAGUGUUAAACAAUUCCAAUCGCACACACAACGGCACACCACUAGUUUGUUCGAAGGAAAAGUAAACAAAAAAAAAAAGAGAAAAAAAAAAAGAAAAACAACUCGUACGCGUGUGCCAAGUGUGUGUUUUAUGUUUGUGACUGUGUGGACUUGUGCGGCGCCAAUAAAAUCCAAAAUAACCAAAAACUGACGACUAAAAGACCCAAAAAAAAAAAAAACAAUAUCACCAAUAGCUAGCAGCUAGCAGCAAGGGCAUCGAGUGAUUCAGCUGGACGAACUAAAUAAACCAUGUCGGAUUCGUAUUAUCAGGUAAAUGACUGAUCAGGAUUUUUGUAAUUUUUAAAUGUAUGAGAAAAUUGUAGAAAAUUUCCAAAGGAAAAACCAAAUAUUUGCCAUCCAAAUGAAUGACAUCACAUAGUGUAUCUGAUAGAUACAGGCGCAUCCACGUGUCUGCAGUCGCCUGCCUGCCUUUCCUGUCUUCCGCCCCCUUCUCCGUUUUGCAUUUCAUGCCAAUUUCGAUUCCGUGCUGGCACCAGACAGAACAACAGCCGCGAUUUCUGUUAUUUUUUCCGAAAUUUUGGUGCGCAAAUCGAAAAGCUUUCUAAUCGCUUUUCCGCCACCCCCCAGUCCCGUGGAAAGCGCGAAUGGAAAGAGUAACAAUUUUCCUCGUAUUGCAGUUUGUGUCGCGGCACCACCGCCUUGACAUUUCGCAGCGGAUACUCUCCGGUCUGCUGUUUAUAACCCGCCCCCGCCUCCACCUCCGCUCCCUGGGCAUUUUAUUGUGACAAAUAUUUGGCCAGCUCUGUCACAGCGUCGCCAUUUUUCCUUUGGAUAAUGAUUAUACAAAUUUUCGCAUAUUUCUACAGUGAGAUAACCAAAAGAAAGAAACUAUACUUUUAUAAAAUCUAAAUAAUACAUGUGUGUGUAAAAUAAAAAUUAAAUUAAAUUUAAACUUUGAAUAAUAUCAUGGCACUGACCAUGAACAUGGUUUUUCUCAAGGAUUUACGUUCGCGCCUCAGAGGAUACCUGCACGGCGAAUACAUAAAGCAUCCUGUUCUGUACGAACUGAGUCACAAAUAUGGUUUCACAGAGAAUCUGCCCGAGAGCUGUAUGUCCAUACGGCUGGAGGAGAUCAAGGAGGCCAUACGCCGCGAGAUUCGCAAGGAGCUGAAGAUCAAGGAGGGCGCCGAGAAGCUGCGCGAGGUGGCCAAGGACCGGCGCUCCCUCAGCGAUGUGGCCGUUCUUGUCAAGAAGAGCAAAAGCAAGCUGGCCGAGCUGAAGUCCGAGUUGCAGGAGCUGGAGAGCCAAAUCCUACUGACAUCGGCCAACACUGCGGUGAACAGCAAUGGCCAAGAAGCUAUUACUGCCAGCGUUGAUCCCAAUGGAGGCCUCUUGGUUGGCGGCGCAGUUGGUGGACUGGGCGGCGGAAACAACGCACUGGAGGGCGGUGGCCCGGCCACUGCCAACGACAAAGUUCUGGCCUCGCUGGAGAAGCAGCUGCAGAUCGAGAUGAAGGUCAAGACCGGGGCGGAGAACAUGAUCCAGUCGCUGGGAAUCGGAUGCGACAAGAAGCUCCUGGCCGAGGCCCACCAGAUGCUGGCCGAUUCGAAGGCCAAAAUCGAGUUCCUGCGACUGCGCAUCAUCAAGGUGAAACAGAACCGCGAACAGGCCGAUCGCAUGAAGGCCACGCGCCAAAUGCUGGACGAACAUGGCCAGACGGUGGCCGGCAAUAGCAGUAGCCAGCCGCAGAGUCUGGAGACGACGCUGGAGGAGCGAAUUGAGGAGCUGCGGCAUCGGUUACGGAUCGAGGCAGCCGUCGUGGAUGGAGCCAAGAAUGUGAUCCGAACGCUUCAGACGGCCAACCGGGCUCCAGACAAGAAGGCGCUACAGGAGGCCCAUGGACGCUUGUCGGAGUCUUCGCGAAAACUGGAUCUCUUGCGCUACUCGCUGGACCUUCGCCGCCAGGAGCUGCCCGCCGACUCUCCCGCCGCCCAAUUGCUGAAAACGGAGCUGCAGAUCGUCCAGCAAUCCACGUCCCCGGUCCCCGUCACCUACACCUCCCUGCAAUCGAGUCACGGCGGUCUGCUGGGCGGCAAGCCCUACCAGUCGGUCUCGUCGCUGGGCAGGUGCGCCAGUGUCACCGGCAAGCUGGAGGUGCGUCUCAUGGGCUGCCAGGAUCUGCUGGAAGAUGUGCCCGGACGAUCGAGGAGGGACAAGGACAACAACUCCAGUCCGGGGGAUCUGCGAAGCUUCGUCAAGGGCGUGACAUCGCGCAGCAGUUCGAAGAGCUAUUCGGUGAAGGACGAGACCUCCAUCGAGAUCAUGGCGGUCAUUAAGCUGGACAACAUCACCGUGGGCCAAACAUCCUGGAAGCCGUGCUCGCAGCAGGCCUGGGACCAGCGCUUCUCCAUCGACCUAGACCGCUCCCGGGAACUGGAGAUUGGAGUCUACUGGCGCGACUGGCGCUCCCUGUGUGCCGUGAAGGUUCUGCGCCUGGAGGAGUUCAUCGACGAUGUCCGUCAUGGCAUGGCGUUGCAACUGGAGCCGCAGGGUCUACUCUUCGCCGAGGUAAAAUUCCUGAACCCGAUGAUAUCGCAGAAGCCGAAGCUGCGGCGCCAGCGCAUGAUCUUCAAUAGGCAGCAGGCGAAGAACAUCUCCCGGGCCAAGCAGAUGAACAUCAAUGUGGCCACCUGGGGCCGUCUGCUGAAGCGCAACGCCCCCAACCAUGUACACAUGAGUUCUGGGGGAACAGGAGCUCCCCCAGCCGGUGCCUCCCCCAUGGCGGCCAGCUUCACCCGGGACUCGGACUCGCCGAUCUCAAGGACACCGUCGUCGGAUGCACUGGUCGAACCGGAGCCAUAUACGCCCGGCGAGCAGGCCCAGAAUCUGGAAUUCGAUCCGGAUGCUGGCAUCAACGAGCACGUGGAAACUCCUGGCGAAUACCCGGAUCCCUCGGCCAGCGGCCUGAGUGGCAUGCGUCCCCUGUCCAUGCACAUGCAGGGCAUCAGCGUCCUCCCACCGGAUUCACCGCCAGUUACCGCGGCGGGCGCUGCCGGCAGACCCGGAACGCUCAACCUACAGAUGCCGGGUGCCACUAAAGGAGCGGCUAUCCAGGGCGGACGCACUGCAGCCCCCACAACGGCCCCACCGCCACCACCCGUGGCGGUGAAGCCCUCCACCACGACGCCAGUGCUGGACCAGGAGCUGCAGGAUGCCCUGCACGAAUUUGAUUUCCUCACCGACUUGGAUUCGCGUCCCGCCACAUUGCGUCGCCUGCUGAAGGAUCAGCAGCCCAUGACGCUGGAUCCAGAGGCGCUGGAGAGCCUACUGUUGCAGCAACAGCUAUCGGAGCAACAGGCCCUGCAGGAGCGCCAGCGGCAGGAGCAGCUGCGCCUGCAGCAGUUCCAGGAGGCCCAGCGCCAGGCGAUCCUGCAGAUGUGCGAGAAACAUAGAGAGCCGGAGGAGCUAGAUCAGGAUCACCAGUUGCCGCCAUACACCCUCACCGCUCCGCCACCAAAGCCGCCCCUUUCGCUACGCAUGCCAAGCUCAAGCCAAAGCCAAAGCCAUAGCCAUAGCCAAUGCCCAACCCACAACCCACAAUUUCAGUUGCAGCAGCCCCAGCCACCGAGCAAGCUACAUCCCGCCCAGAAAUCCACGGAAUCCGAACCGCCAUCGGCUGUGGAACAGCAGCUGCACCGACCGGUUCUCACCCUGCCACCCGUGGUCCUACUGGGCGGCAGAACGGAGGAGGAACGAUCGGUGCCGCCGUCACCGCUGGUGGAAUAUCCCGAGGACGAUGACGAGUAUCUGUACAGGGAUAGCCAGAGCAGCCGGCUGCAUUCCAGUCACAGCUCCAGCGCCGGCGAUCGUUUCUGUGUGGAGGCCCGCAUUAGUCUUGUACAUAUCACCCUUGAACCGAUCAAUGCCAGCCGGACGACCAGUUGCCUGAUAGAAGAGGUGGCCGAGCCGGAUCUGCAGCCGGAGGUCAAGGCCGUGGCGGAGUCGCAGUCGCCACAUAAAGUAUCCGAGGCUUAUGUUGAGAGCAUUCUGCUCGAAACGGUUGAGAAGUUAGAAUCAGAAGUCCCAGUCCAAGUCCAAGUGAAUCAGGUAAUACCGCAGCUGGGCAAGCUCUAUGUAGGCGGCGGCCAGCAACAGCAGCAGCAGUAUGUGCAGUCCUCGCCCAUCAUCCAGGAGCCACCCACUCCGACCAUUUAUGGGAAUAAUGCCACUUCAGGUGUGCCCCAAUUCCCACAGCCCUCACAGAGGCAGGAGAAGCAACCACAGCAGCAGCAACCCAUCUAUGCCAAUCAGUACGAGUUGAAUGUGGCCAAGGCGGCGGCAGCCGCUUCCGUUUACACCCCCGGCUCCAAUGCCAACAGUCAGCAACAGCAACAGCAGCAACAACAGCAGCGCCGUAGUGUUGCCCGUGGCCUGCAGUAUCGCGAAUCCGGCGGAAUCGAGGCCGGACGCGCCGGUAAGGCUCCCAAUGCCGGCAUGCUGUCGAUGGACAACUUCCGCCUGCUGAGUGUUUUGGGUCGUGGCCACUUCGGCAAGGUUAUACUGUCACAGUUGCGUACUAACAACCAGUACUAUGCCAUCAAGGCGCUCAAGAAGGGCGACAUUAUUGCCCGGGACGAGGUCGAGUCCCUGCUCAGUGAGAAGCGCAUUUUCGAGGUGGCCAAUGCCAUGCGUCAUCCCUUCUUAGUCAACUUGUAUUCGUGCUUCCAAACUGACCAACACGUUUGUUUUGUGAUGGAGUACGCCGCCGGUGGCGAUCUAAUGAUGCACAUCCAUACGGAUGUGUUCCUGGAGCCGCGUGCCGUCUUCUAUGCCGCCUGUGUGGUCUUGGGUUUGCAGUAUCUGCACGAGAACAAGAUCAUCUAUCGGGACCUGAAGCUGGACAACUUGCUGCUGGACACGGAGGGCUAUGUCAAGAUCGCCGACUUUGGCCUGUGCAAAGAGGGCAUGGGCUUCGGGGAUCGCACUGGCACUUUCUGUGGCACGCCAGAGUUCCUGGCUCCAGAAGUGCUCACAGAGACCUCGUACACUCGGGCCGUGGAUUGGUGGGGUCUGGGUGUUUUAAUUUUUGAGAUGUUGGUUGGGGAGUCCCCGUUCCCCGGCGACGAUGAAGAAGAGGUAUUCGAUUCAAUUGUCAACGAUGAGGUGCGCUAUCCGCGUUUCCUUUCACUGGAGGCCAUAGCCGUGAUGCGUAGGCUGCUGCGCAAGAACCCCGAACGACGACUGGGAUCUUCGGAACGCGAUGCGGAGGAUGUGAAAAAGCAGGCCUUCUUCCGAUCUAUUGUCUGGGAUGAUUUGCUGCUCCGCAAAGUCAAACCACCGUUUGUGCCCACAAUUAACCAUUUGGAGGAUGUCUCAAACUUUGACGAGGAGUUCACGUCGGAGAAGGCCCAACUAACGCCACCGAAGGAGCCGCGCCACCUCUCCGAGGACGAGCAGGUGCUCUUCCAGGACUUUUCAUACACGGCCGAAUGGUGUUAGGCACCUGUUGUUGUUGGCUCGGAGCGGGCCUAGCCCGCCCGAUAGAAACUAUUGCCUUUUGCUUUUAAAUGUGUACGAAGUUGGUUUCGAGUAGUUGUAUUUGGUUAUAUCGAUGUGAGUUUAAUAUUUAUACGAGAGAUCAUGCAGAUACAGGACAUAUAUAUUUAUGAAUUAUAUCUAUAUAAAAAAUAUAUCUAUUUAUGAGAGUACUUUUGAGUGUUGCUCACGUGAACCAAAUUACCUAGAUGCCCACUUGGUGGCAGAGCGAACGCAUUUGUCUAAUCACCAACCCAAGAUAUAACCCAUUGAAACACCAUUGUCCACAUCAUUGUCGCAUCAUUGUACAGCAGAGUCGUUUCUUUAGUUUUGUUUUCUCGAAAGGGAAACACAUUGAAUAGUCUGAACACCCUUAGGAAAGCCUUAUACGCAGAGUUGUAGUUUUUUGGAAAGUUUUAGGGCCGGAUCUAAAUAGAUAGUAUAUGUAUACACCGCCCGCAACAUAUUUUCAUAAUCAGCAUACAAGAACAAAUUCGAGGAUAUAUUUUAUAUACAUACAUUGCAUGCACAUCCCAGGAAACGAGCUCAUCGUCUAUACACAUAUAUAUAUUUAAAUCGAGUGAAGAAGAGAAAGGAUAUAAAAGGGAUCAUAUUUAAAUAUUUACAGUUUUAACAUGUAAGCUCUGUAAAUUGCCUUGCGCUUUUUAUCAACUCCCUAGCCCAUUGCCCGAGUUGUGUUAUAAUUUUACAUAUUUUUUAAAUCAUAUACAAACAAAAAAAAACAAGAAACACACACGAAAACAUUUGUUAUUUAUUAUUAUUAUAUUAUUACACCUACCUAUUAUACAAGAAACUGUAUUGCUUUGAGCAUUUUUAUUCGAUGAUCGAUUAAAAGAUUGUAAAUGAUUUGCUUGCAUGGGCGCGGUAUGCUUUAAACCCGAUCGAGGAUGAAUAAAUUGAAAGACCCCUCAAGAGGAUUAUUUUGGUGGCAUGCAACCGAAUCGUUGUACCCUUAAGAUCUACGCUAUAUAUUUAAUGUAAUUUUUUAGUUUUAUUUAAGUUUGUAAUAAUCGAUUAUUGAAACGUAGUCCUAAGCUAUCAUUAUGUGAAGAUAAUUAUUGAUAAUUACGAGUAUGAUAACGAUUGUGCACCCCUCAAGCAAAUCGAAAGGAUUAUAUAAACAGAGCAGAGAUCUUCUAUUGUCAUUUUUAUUAUGAUUUUAUGAUAAUGCCGAUUUGAUUUUAAAGCUGUCGUCGACUUCGACCAUUAGUCAGUCACUUUUUUAGCUUCAAGUUGUGACUGUAAUUUUUAUUUAUGAUAUGAUUUUGAAUAAAUGUAUCUAUCGCUAUUAA